AUGAUCUGCCCUCCUGAUGAUCCCCAGCACACUGGCUCCAGGAGAAUGCCCUCUGUUCUGAGCUCUGGGUCUUCGGCAAGGACAGCUAACACCACCACCCCCACAAGCCCCAUAGUGGGCCUCAUGCUGCCCUGUUAUGUCAGCUACUCCACACUGCCCCUUGCAGAAACUCUUUCUAGAAGAACAGAGGCAGCAUCCACAGAGCCCACAGGCAAACUGAAGCUUUGUCCUCUUGAAAAGUUCCUAGAACUACAUGAAAAGGAGGUUGGAAGGAUUUAUCCAAUAAGAGAGAAGGGGGACCGCACUCGUCAGGCCCUCAUCAUCUGUAACACAGAGUUUGACCACCUCCCAAGGCGUGAUGAGUCCAACCAUGACAUCAUUGGCAUGAAGGGGCUGCUUGAGGACAGGGACUACAGUGUGCAUGUGAAAGAGAAUCUCACAGCCAAAGCCAUGGAAUUAAUGCUAAGGAGUUUUGCUGCCCGCCCAGAGCACAGGUCCUCAGAUAGCACAUUCUUGGUGUUCAUGUCUCAUGGCAUCCUGGAUGGAAUAUGUGGGACUAUGCAUAGUGAUGAAAAACCAGAUGUGCUAUCUUACGACACCAUAUUCCAGAUUUUCAACAAUCGAAACUGCUCCCACCUUAAGGAUAAACCCAAGGUCAUCAUUAUCCAGGCCUGCAGAGGAGCAAACAGUGGAGAGCUGUGGGUCAGCGACUCGCCAGCAGCCUCAGCAGACAGUUCUGCACAGUCCCCAGAGGACCUAGAGGACGAUGGUGUCCACAAGACCUACAUGGAGAAGGAUUUCAUUGCUUUCUGCUCCUCAACCCCACACAGUGUUUCUUGGAGAAGUGCAAGUGGUUCUCUCUUCAUCACACAACUCAUAAAUUAUGUUCAAAAAUAUUCUUGGUGUUGUCACCUGAUGGAUAUAUUUGUGAAGGUUCAACGAUCAUUUGAAGAACCAGAUGUUAAAGCCCAGAUGCCCUCACUUGAAAGACAAACUAUGACCAGAUAUUUUUAUCUUUUUCCAGACAAUUAAAAUUAGUAAGUACCCACACAUGAUGUUAGCAAAUCAGGAAAUUGACUAGAAUAGGGGACAGAGUGGUGAU